AUGCUGUCCGCUCCGGUUAAGUCGGCCAAGCGCAUCUCGUCGCUUUUUUCCCUCGGGUCCAACAGGGAUAGCUCGAUUCCGUCGUCGCCUGCAUCCCCGAAUCUACCGAAGCCUUCCCCCGACCAGACGCCGCACGACACACGCCCGCGAAGCGCCUCCCGACCCAUUCGCGCAGCCUCCAACCCUCACAGCGACUACGCCGACGCUCGGACACCCGUGUCACCCAUCCCGAACGAUGGGUUCGACUUGGACGAACCCCUCCCCCCGCCCCCGUCGCUGCUGGCCGUGAACCAGGACCUGGCCAACAGCACCCCCAACUCGCCCGAUGGCAGACCCCAGAGCAGUCGCGGAAGAAGUGGGAGCAGGCCCUCCAGCUCCGCGGGCCUGUUUGUUCCGGGCGCGGGGCCCGAUUCGCGGCCCAGCACCCCCUCCUCCAAGCGACGCAGCUGGAUGCCCGGGCGCGCGCGGGCGAGUUCAGUGGAUCCCCGGGCAAACAAUGCGGCAUCGCCCAGUGCGUGGAUUGCCGGGUUGGAGCAGAAGAUCAUGUAUGAUCUGGAGCCAUUGGCCCGAGGAGAACAGAUCCCCGAACUUUGGAACGAAAGCGGAGAUACUUACGUGUACCUGUUUCCCCAUAACACUGGCCGACCGGCCUCCUUCAAGGUCCACCGCACGGUCUUUGUCGAAUCUCCUUCCCUCCGGGAUCUGGCAAUGGGAACCGGCACCCCGACCUCCCUCGAGCAACAGACCGGCGCUCUGUCUUUAAGCAGCCCCGUGGUUGGCCCGGCAUCGCCCCCCCUGACGCCUCAGGACCGUUUGGCCGAAAAUGAUAACGAUAGCUCCGGUAGCAGGAGAAUGGCUUACAUGGAGGAUGACGGCCCGGACGAGUUUCAGGAGUUCCAUCUCUACCUUCCCAUUCCCUUGAACAGCGACGUGUCCAGCUCCGGUGCUCGAACUUCGCAGGAGGACACCGAAACCCUCCUUCUGUUCCGUAAUCUGUUCGCCUUCUUGCUGGGUCAGUCCCUCAUUGCGACCCCCCGGUCGCCCUCUCUCUUCUCCAUUUUCAUGGAUGUCGCGACGCUGUUGUCUCGGUUCGAAUUUUCCAACUUCGACGGCAGCAACUUUGGCGAGACUGCAACCACCAGUUUCAGUAACUACUGUGAAGAACUGAGACUGGCAGACGUGCGUAAGAGCCGCGAAAAGACCAUCGAAGCCAUUGUUCUUGGAGAACGCCUCCGCUUCUUUCCCCUCUACCUGGAAGGUUUCGUGCAUGGAGUUGGUAAGCUGGACGAAUUGAAGCAGCUGAGGAGUCCGAAGUACGGCCUCAUCAGCCCGGUGACGCAAAAGCGCCUGGAACGUGGGUUUAUUGACCUCGACACCCGUCUCCGCGUCCUUUACAGCAAACUUGACGACUUUGACUUCCCGUCGGUGUUCUCCGGUGUCGCCAACUCGGCCACCUCGGCCGAAAGCAAGGUAAUUCGAUUCAAGGCCUGGAAAAUUGCCUUCAUGGAAUUCCGGCGUUUCACCAUGCAGUACUACCGGCAAAAGUACGGCUCAUGGCCGCCCAAGGCCCGGUCCAAGAAGAAUCAGUUUGAAGAGAGCGGCCUCAACCGUCAGGUCGUCAACGACCUGUACAAUGAUUUCGCUAACCUGUACGAUAUGAUGGUGGAUCGAAAUGCGUUGACGACUCGGACGACGGACAUGGCUGCGGACAUGUCCGAGGCCUCAGAUGCCGAUGGGAUGAUGACGCGUGCGCUCCGACAGGUCAUGAGCGAGUACGAUCGAAGCACACCUCCGGUCCAGCCCCCGAUUCCCUUCGACAUCCCGCAGUACCCGUCACUCCAGGCAUUGGAGCGCAAACCGAUGGAUGCCAAGAAAGAAGCCAAAAAGAAGGCCAAGAAGCUCAAGGACGCGGACAUCAACGCCGUCCUCAUGGACUCUUACACGCGCGAGAGCAUGAAACCCACUCCGUUCAUUGAGGCAUUCAUGCAGUUCGAGAGACGAUGCGCGCACGGCAAGAAUGUCAAUGACAUGAUCGAUCUCCGGUGCGGCCAAUGGAUCUUCCUCUACUGUAUCAUCCAGUCGCUGCCGCUCGUUGUCGUCGAUGUCCAGGAUAUUAAGUACGUCGACAACGUUGAAUACUUCCUCUGCAUUGCUCCUCGUGGUGGUGCACCCUGGAUUCAAAACGACAGCAAGGCCGCGCGCAGUUGGUUUGGUGUGGCAGGCGGAGCUGGUGUUGUCAGCCUGCCUUCGGAUGUGGUUAUCAACGGCGUGGAAGGUAUCUACCGACGGAGUCACUGCUGGCAGGUGGCCGAGCAGUGGGCGGAGAAGGAUGCCAUCCUGGCCCCCCCGACGAUCGAUGAUCCUUACGACAACGAGUCGUCGCUCUCCUCGCCCUACCAGGCCCAACAGUCGUCGGCAGGCUCGUCAUCCGAGCAGCAGCAGCAACUACAGCAGCAGCAACAAGGACAAGGAACCCCCCUCAUGAGCCCAAGUGGCCUCACCCCGCCACCUGCCAUCCCCAGACUCAACUCGCCUGCUAUCAACCGGAGAGCGGAACACCGCACCUCGAUCUAUCCCGGUCUGGAGGCCCUGCCGCUACCUGCGGGCGUGGCGCCGAUGGACCCCCCUGCUCGGCCCGUCAGCCGAUUCAACCCCAACAUGAGUUUCGACGACAUUCUGCGGCAGGUGCCCAACCAGCAGAAGAAGAAAUAA